AUGCUCGCCGUUUGGCUGACGCUCAUCCAACUUCCGCUCGCCGCCACCCUUCCAGAAUUCAGGACGAAUCCGAUGACGCCGAACAGCGCCAUCCAACAAUGGGCCGCCGGCGGCUGUUUCGCCAUGCUGCUCAUCGGCCUCAUUCUGAUCUACACCAAGAAAAUUUUCGAACGAUGCCGCGCGAAUCGAAAGCGCAACGCCGGCAAUUGUUGCGGCCGUCGAUGCUGCUGA